AUGGAGUUGCUUAUGUUGAGAGCUAAGGUUUCCGAAGAUAGUGAAGCUACCAUGGCACGGUUUCUUGGUGGACUCAACCGUGAGAUACAAGACAGGGUAGAGAUGCAGCACUACUUGGAGAUAGAGGAGAUGCUACACAAAGCUAUCUUGGUAGAACAACAAGUUAAGAGAAGGAGCCAUGCGCGUGGCAGCUAUAGUUCCAGUAGAUACCAGACUUCUAAGGAUGACAAACCAAGCUAUCAGAAAGAGGGCAAGCCACAGCCAAAGGAAGAGUCCAAGCCUAGUAGCAUCUACAGCAAGGAUAAAGGUAAAGCAGAGGCUACCAGCUUGCGUGCAAGAGAUGUGAAGUGCUUUAAGUGUCAAGGGCGUGGGCACUAUGCUAAUGAGUGUACCAACAAGAGAGUUAUGGUUCUCUUGGAGAAUGGCGAGUAUGAAUCUGAAGAUGAAAGACCAGAGACUGAGCAAGAAUCUUCAGAAGCAGAGUAUGAAGAGAAACCAGUUCAUGGUAGGCUUUUGGUUGCAAGGAGGACUCUCAGCUUGCAAAACAAAACCGAGGAGCUAGAGCAAAGAGAAAACCUGUUCUACACUCGUUGUAUGGUACAAGGAAAAGUUUGUAGUCUGAUAAUUGAUGGUGGAAGCUGUGUUAAUGUUGCUAGUGAGACAAUGGUGAAGAAGCUUAGCUUGAAGACUCAAAAACAUCCUAGACCAUACCGACUGCAAUGGCUCAAUGAAGAAGGGGAAAUGAAGGUAUCCACACAGGUGUCAAUUCCUUUAUCCAUUGGAAGAUAUGAAGAUGAGAUCCUAUGUGAUGUGAUACCAAUGGAAGCCCGUCAUAUCUUGCUUGGGAGACCAUGGCAGUUUGAUAGAAGAGUUACACACAAUGGCUUUACUAACAAGCAUACCUUUGAGUUCAACGGCAAAAAGACUACACUGGUACCUCUAACUCCUAAAGAAGUGCAUCAAGAUCAGCUACAGCUUCAGAAAAAGAAAGAAAUAGAUCUUAAACCAGAACCGAGCAAGCAGCACAACUUCUAUGCCAAAACUGGUGACAUCAAAAGAUCUCUCUACUCUAAUCAAUCAGUUCUCUUAUUUGUUUUAAAAGAAUCUCUUGUUAGUCUAACUGAUUGCACACCGGUGUAUCCGAGUGAGAUGUCAGCUCUUUUACAGGAUUAUCAAGAUGUGUUUCCAGAAGAUAGUCCCACCGGUUUACCACCUAUACGAGGGAUCGAGCAUCAGAUAGAAUUUGUACCAGGUUCUACUCUUCCCAAUAGACCAGCCUACAGAACUAACCCGGUUGAGACCAAGGAGCUACAAAGUGCUCCUGGUGCCUAA